AUGGGGCUGGAGCACCGGCGCCGGGCUUCCCUGGCUCUCGCCCUCAACUUCGUGGCUUUAGCCUUCGCCGUGUCGGCGGUGACCACCAGCUACUGGUGCGAGGGCACCAGGAAGGUGGCCAAGCCCUUCUGCACGGGGCCGCCCGUGAAGGAGAAGCAGAUGUUCUGCAUCCGCUUCAACAGCUCCAACCUGAACGACAGCCGGCAGGUGCAGUACAUCUUCGAGACCGGGGAGGAGAAGUUCAUCAUGAGGAAGUUCCACACCGGGAUCUUCUUCUCCUGCGAGCAGGCCGUCGACAUGAACGGUUUCGACUGUCGCAGCUUCGCAGAGAUCGCUCCUGAGCAUCAGAGAGGUGUGCUGUGGCUGUGUGUGGUUGCUGAGAGCCUGUACCUCAGUCUGCUUUUCAUCGGCGGGGCUCUGAUGAUCCUGGAGCAGUGCCCUUGCUUUAGCAUCAUGAACAAGCUGAAACUCAGUGCCUUCGCCGCCAUGUGCACCGCCCUCUCAGGCCUUUGUGGGAUGGUGGCCCACAUGAUGUUCACCACCAUAUUCCAUCUGGCGGUUUCUAUGGGACCAGAGGACUGGAGGCCCAAGACCUGGGACUACAGCUGGUCUUAUGCCUUGGCGUGGUGCUCCUUCGGCACCUGCAUGGGCUCCGCGGUGACAACGCUGAACAGGUACACGAAGACAAUCAUAGAGUUCAAAUACAAGCGGCACAACAUCGAGAAGAACCUGCUGAUCAAACAGAAAAUGAUGGAGCUGGGGCUCCCCGAGCAGAUGUGGGACGUGUAUUUGACUACAGAGCCAGCUGACGCAGAAGUGCCAUCAGAACAACUUGUGAACGGCCACAAGCCCUCCACAGGAACGCCAUGCGAGUUCCAGGAAGUGGAUGGCGUUCCUGAACAACAAGGGGAGGCUUAUUGUUGA